AUGGAACAACAACAUCAACAUCUCCAUAAACCCAUCUUCGGCGAAGCUCUCACGAACACUCAUUCACGUAAAGAAGAUGAAACAACGCACCAAAAGAGAGAUCUUUCUUGCUCCUACGGCCUAAGGCAAAACCCUAAGAAGACAACCCACAAAUCUUUCGAGUUGGAAUCUUCAGAACCGAGGAAGAAGAUCUUGUUCCGAUGCGGAGAGUGUGGGAAAGGGUUUCGCUACGAGAAGUGUCUCUCGAAUCAUCAAGCGGGGAUGCAUCUAUCGACGAUCCAGAGGGUUUGUGAAGAGUCGAUCAAGAGUCUUUGUAGUAGCUUCAGUCUUGUGAGGAGGAAGAAGAGAUCGAUGAGAGUUUUGAGGUACAAGAAGACUUCGUUUACUACGUUUCUUGAAUCUCCUUCUGUUUUUGGUGAGAAUGAUGAGGAGUUAGAAGUAGCAGAGUGUUUGAUUCUGUUGUCUAAGAGUAGUCCUAAGAUUGUAGUAGACGGAGUGAAACUUCUUGGUGAGGCAAUGGAUGAUAAUGAUGAAACGAUUCAUGGUUUCUUGAGAGGCAAGAAACUGAGGAAAACUGAUGAGUUUGGAUAUGGGGUUUUGCGUAAUGAGCAAAAGAUUCUGGAAGGAGGAGAUAGUAACACAUUUGAUCAUCAGAAACAGAGAAGAGCUUGUGAAUUUGUCUCUGGGUUUAGUAGUUAUGAAGCAUGGAAAGAGACAGUGGGUUUCUUGGGAGACAAGGUUGAGUUGGAUCAAUGGAAACUGGCAAAAUCUAAGCUUGGAUUAGGAGCUAUGAAGUGUUCUGAUGCGGAUGAUGAUAUUGUUACUGAAACUAGUAAGGGGGAUGUUGAGCACCAAUGCAGGUUGUGCAACAAGAUCUUCUCGUCUUACCAAGCUCUUGGUGGUCACCAGACGUUUCAUAGGAUGAACAAAAGUAAGAGCAAGAAGAGCUGCAGAGAGGAACUAGUAGAGUCUGAGGAUGACGUGUCUGUGAAGAAAGAGAAGAAGAGGCAGCACAAGUGUAGCAAACUGGCCAAGGACGGUUCAUGCUUUAAGUUGUCACAGUAA